GGCACUCGGCCCGGUAGCAGGUUCGCCACGGUUUGCUCGCCAUCUCUCCCUCCCUCUCGCCUCUUCUCUCGCUCUUCUAUUUGCCUCUCUUCGCUUCCGAUAUCUACCCUAUUUCACAUCUCGUCAUUACUUGGACGUUGCAAUCGAGUCCGAGGUAGAGUAUCCAUCAUCCUCACCACACAGAGACAUUGUGAGCCAGCUUGGCAUGCGCCUUGGGCCGAAGACAGAUCCCGCCAUCGUUCCGCAUAGGAUACGACAUUCCACACGCCUUCGGCCCAUUCUGUCGGUUAGGAACGCACCAGUCUCACGGCAACAAGCUUACAGCAGAACCUCCCCAUUAAAACAAUCGAGCCAUCUUCGUUGACCGUCGUACAAGAAACACAUCUAGUAUUUGUUUCACGGCGUCCACACACUUUGGCCUCGAACGCUUCUCUUGUUUGCCUUUUCUCUCUUUUUCCUCCCCCCGUUGAAACAGCGGCGCCUCCCGUCUUAUUCGAGAGAUGCCACUGCAUGGUCAAUAGUCGACCAGAUAUUUCCUUGUACGACUCUACUAUACCUUAAUAUAUCCGAAAGGAAACAAAAGAAAAGGAUCGGCCCUGAUUAGCAAAAACGACGUUACACAACCAAGGUUAAUCUUGCUGCUGCUCGGCUUCCAGACCUGGUGUCUUGGACGGUCUUGAGACUAUCGUGCUGGAAUCACGCAGCAGCGCUUCAUCAUCACCAUGAAGUUCAACACCAUCCUGGGCCUGUUGGUCGCCGCCAGCCAGUACUGGCCGGCCAUCGCCUUGCCUCAGUUUCCCGAUAAUCCCGUCUGUGCUGCCGGCAUCACGUCUGUCGAAGUACAGCCGGUGCAGUUCAUCGUCAGACAGCCCAUCUACAUCAGCGCCUACUUGCCAGUCAACACCGUCCUGGUGCUCGAUGAUGGGCUGACCCUCACCAUCACUAAUGCUCCAUUGACCUUGGUCACCGAGAUUGACAAGUUGGGAACACUUACGUCCCAAGUUACCCGAAUCAUUGACCAAGUCUCAUCAAUCCCAAACGCCUAUGUCACCAUCACAAGAGGUGGCCAGGCCGGAUCUGAGGCAAGCACAAUCACAAUCUUCCCCUCUGGUCCCGAUGGCGUCGGAACCUAUUUAGUCUUCACCCCCUUUGCCAACAUUGCGGCCACCACUGGCAGCAGUGUCCCAGAGACAGCAACUGUCCUGGGUACUCCUAUCGACCCAAGUGGUUUUAUCACGCAGUCUGCGCCAGGGGCGAGCAGCGUCGUCAACCCUGGACCCAGCCCUGCAUCAGUUCCGGUCACCAUCGCUCCCACGGCAUCUGGAGGUGCUGCGGCUUUGCCUCAGAUCUUUGCUACCGUCAACGUUGGUGGUGCCACGGGCGUGCCCAGGAACUUCACCGUCGUGGACUCGGCUGGAUCUGCGGGUACCGUAUUUGCGCAGACUUUUGACACCUUCUCCAUCACUGUUACUGGUCCUCAGAACGUCAUUACGGUUCUCGGUAACGCCGGUGUUACACCCGCUGCCAUCACAUUGCCCGGUAACAGGGGUGUGACGCAGACCGGGGCCGAUGCCGUGCUUCAGAUUAUCCAGACUCCCGGAGGCGAGGCCGACUUCCUUGCUAGGCUCACAACCGUGAGCAUUCAGGGCCAGAACGGCCAAACCGGAACCUUUACGCUUAUCCCGACGGUUGGCAGUGUUGGUGCGGUAAUCGUACAGACUGCGGCACCAGCUCUUGGUGCCAUCUUCCAGACCAUCAGCGUUGCCGGAGCUACGCCAACUACACUUUCCAUCCCGGCACCCGAAGGACAGACCGGAACGGUCAUUGUACAGACCACGGAUGGCUUCACAGGCCCCGCUGCUGGUCCGUUUACGACCGUUACCGUUGGCGGCGGCCAGGGUGAUGCUCCCGCGACUGUGACUAUUCCCCCGGCCGCUGGUGCGACGGACGGCGUCUUCACCGUUCUGGUCCAGAGUCUGGAUCCUACGGCCUUCAACGGACCUUUUCGAACUAUCACGGCCGGUGGUAACACGGGCGGAUCACCAGUCACCAUCACUGUUCCUCCCUCAGGCACCGGCCAGACCGGGACUGUUGUUGUCCAGCCUGCCAUCACCUCCUUCACCGGCCCUUUUACGACCAUUACGACUGAUGGCAACACUGGAUCUCUUCCAGUCUCGCUCACCAUCGUUCCCGCCGGCAACCCGACUCUGGGUACCAUCAUUGUGCAGACUCCCUCAAUCACUGCUCGGCCUGCCCUCUUCAGAACCCUGGCCGCGCUCCCGAUUGCCGGUCUCGGUGCCACAAUCACCUUGCCCUUGUUAGGAAACUCUGCUUCUGCCCCCGGAACUAUUGUAGUCGCCGUGGGACUGGGCGGAGAUGAUCCGGCCACGAGUGCACCGGCCGCUUUGGCUGCCAACCUCGUUACUAUCCGAGGUGACUACAACGGCACAGAUCCGUUGACUCUGACGCUCCCUUCUCAGGGUGAUAACCCGGUUGCCACCGUCGUCGAGCAAUUGCCCGUCGGCUUCAGCGCGGGAGUCACCAUUGGAAACCCUGCCGCAACUACGGCUGUGCCUCCUAUCACAAACGCUGCUACGCAAGCUACCGCCCCCAGUGUAUCCGCCGCAAACCCGGCGGCUUCGGACGCAGGUGUUCUCCCGAAUAUCCUCACUAGCGGCUACUCCGGAUCUGUGCCGACCACGGUCACGUUGCCUCCUCUGGGAACCCAAACGGCCUCUCAAGUCUUGGUCCUUACGCCAUUGACCAACGCUGCCGGUUCUGCUGCGCCUGACCCUGCGGGCUCUGCUGCCACUGUGGCUCCUAAUGUGAUCAACACCAUCACCACUGGGUUUGGCGGUUCUCAACCUACCACCGUUACCGUCCUCCCACAGGGCCUUGCAUCUACUGCUCCCGUCGCCUUGGUGUUGACUCCGGACCCAGCUGCUGCGACUGCCGCGGCGUCCCAGGGGGCUCUGCCUGGUUCCUUCACCACUCUCACCGGGCCAGCUGUUGGGUCAACUCCCACCACGCUGACCAUCCCUCCUGUGGGAACCAACACUGUCGGCACGGUUGUGGUUCUGGGCGACCCCUUGGCCACUGCUACUGCUCAGCCAGGCCAGACGCAGACACAGGAUCCUGGUGCCAACGGAGUCCCAUCCAGUCUCGCACCUGGAGCUCUGGGUGCCUUCACCACCAUCCAGAGCGGCUUCAACGGCCUUCAGCCCUCGACCUUUACCGUUCCUCCUGCUGUCAGCGGCGCUCAAGGAACGGUUGUCGUCCUUACCCCGACUAACGCAGCUGCUCCCCAACUGACCCUCCCUUCCGGAGUGCCAUUCGUUACGGUAACUACUGCUGGUGAUGUCCCCGCUGUGCUAACAAACGUUUUGCUUCCCACGGGAACAAACACUCUAGGAACUGUUCUCGUACAGACCCCUGCCACUCCAGCUGCUUCUCAGCUGAACCUCCCCUCUGGUGUGCCCUUCGUGACGGUCACAACACCAGCCGACGUUCCCGCCGUGGAGACGAACGUGCUGUUGCCAUCGGGAACGAACACAGUUGGCACUGUUCUCGUCCAGGUGCCUUCGUCCUUGUUCACAGCUCUGCCGACCGGUGCUGCUACCACUCCAGGUGCAGUCAACUCUGGUUUGGUGCUUCCUGGACUCACCAUCCCGCCCAUUUCCAUCGACCUGCCCACCAUCAUUCUGUCUAUCCCCAGUCUCAGCCUGGGUUCCUUCAUCACCUUGACCCAGGGCGGACCGGUAGCAACAACCGCCAUUCUCCCUCCCUCCGGCACCAACUCGGUGGGCCUCGUGAUUAUCCAGACACCGACUGUCGCCGCGACUGCCGCUCCAGGCGCUGGUGUCUUCACGACUCUCUUCCAGGGCUUCUCCGGAUCCGUUCCUCAGACUACCACCCUGCCACCGACGGGAACCAACACCCUCGGUGUCGUCUUGAUCCAGACGCCCACGGUGUCUGUGGAGGUCAACAUUCUUCAGACCACCACGAUUGGCUUCACCGGAUCACUCCCCACUACCGUCACCGUGCAGCCGUCUUCAGGUGGCUCUGGUCUCGUGGUCGUUCAGACCCCGUUCACGAACCCCUCGGUCUCUGCCACGAACGUGGCGGCCAAUAGCUUCAUCACCACCACCCAGGGCUUCACUGGCAUUGCGCCGACUACGAUCACUUACUUCCCCGGUGGAACUGACACGGUUGGCACCGUGGUCGUUCAGACCCCCAUCUUCUCUGGCGGUGCUGUCACUGUACCAUCUAUCUCGUUGGGUCUGCCGAACAUCCAGAUCACCAUUUCCAUAGGCGGACCCGUUGCGGCGACAUCUACUGUCUUGCCCUCCGGCACCAACACUAUCGGAACCGUGAUUGUUCAGACUCCCACUGCUCCGGGAGCCGGAGGCGCAACGACUCCCAUCGUCGACCCGGCCAUCACCGCGCCCGGUUUCGUCUCUGUCACCACUGGCUACACUGGAUCCACGCCGACUACUUUUACUCUGCCGCCUACUGGCACCCAGCCCGGAGUUGUCGUCGUCCAGACUCCUACCUCUGGCGUUGCUGUUGCUCCCAACAGCUUCAUCACGGCUGUCACUGGAUUCACCGGCACUGAGCCGACAACGGUGACGAUUCUUCCUACGGGAACCAACUCUGUUGGCAUCGUUCUCAUCCAGACUCCCACAAGAAUCAGCACGACUGUUUUGAUCAGCAUCAGCGGUGACCCUCCACCACCUACUGUGCCCAGCGGCUUCAUCCUGACCACGACUGUUGGCACCGGCACUUUGUCCACCACGGUCACUUUCCCUCCCUCGGGCACCAACCCUGGAAGUGUGGUUGUCCAGACUCCAUCUGUUGGAACCGCGGCACCCGGCGUCACGAACGCUUUGCCCAACGUCAUCGUCACGAGCGGGUUUGCUGGCUCUGCCACGUCUACUCUUACGCUUACUCCCUCUUCCGCCGGCGACCCGACGACUUUGAUCGUCUUGACGCCUACUUCUGCUGCUGCUCCUUCAGUCACCAUUGCUCCAGCAUCGUUUGUUACUUUGACGAGUGGAUUCUUCGGCACUGCACCGGCGACUACAACCUUGGCACCUGUGAAUGCUGGAGAUCCAGGAACUGUCAUUAUCCAGACACCUCUUCCCACGUCUGGCCUUUCGUUCCUCACUACUACUGUUGGCUACACGGGAGCCGUGCCGACUACCGCCACAGUUUUCCCAUCCGGAACUGAGACCGUUGGAGCCAUCAUUAUCCAGACUCCCUUCUCUCCUUCUUCACCCGCGGUUACAAAUGUUGCCCCUACACCUACGGCUCCUGGCUUCUCGUUCAUCACGGUUCAGACUGGAUAUUCUGGCACCGGAACUCAGAUCACCACUAUCCUGCCUACUGCCAGCGGCAGCGUUGGUCUCGUUCUCAUCCAGACCCCCACCAUUGGACAGGAUCCUGCAACUUCAACUCCUGCGAUCAACAUUCCGACCACAGGGCCAGCUGCAACUCCGACUGUGGCACCCGCGUCGCUUGUGACUCUCAUCAGCACAUACACCGGAGCGGUUCCAUCGACCACUACGCUCGCUCCUGCUGGGACUGACAGCUUGGGGACCGUCAUCGUCCUUCUUCCAAGCGCCACGGCAACCCCUGGAACUACUCCAGGUGCCAACUUCGCGACGCUCAUCAGUACCUACACCGGAUCCGUGCCGUCGACCUCGACUAUCCUCCCUACCGGAACCAACUCCCAGGGAACUUUCGUCAUCCUUGUCCCGAGCUCUACUAUCGACCCUGGUACCCUCAGUGCCGGUGCUCCAGCCAUUACAUCCUCACCCGGUGCAGUGUUUGCCACUCUCACUUCCACCUACGGAGGCUCGGUCACCUCGUUCCAGACUGUGCUCCCAUCGGGAACUGGCUCGACUGGCACCCUCGUUGUUCUCGUUCCGAGCAACGUGCUGGCUUCUCCCACAGCCACGCCCGCCAUUCCUCUGACUACUGUCACGUCGACGUAUGGUGGAUCUAUUAUCUCAACGGCCAUUGCUUCACCUUCAAACCCUGGAGACCCUGGCACUCUUAUUGUCUUGGUUCCAAGCAACGUUGCGAGCUCGACUGGUGGCGCUGUUCCUGGUGUUGGCAACAAUGUACUCACAACAUUCCUGUCCACCUACACCGGCUCAGUUCCUUUGACUACCACUGUCGCCCCGAUCAACUCCAACGACCCCGGAACGGUCAUUGUUCUGGUCCCGAGUGCAACGAGCGGAGCAGGCGCCGCAACCCCCACUGCUGGUGGUGUUAUCACCAGCUUCUACAGUGGCUUGGUGCCUUCGACAUCCGUGUUGCCUGAAGGUCCCUCUGGCGAGCCUGGUGGCACCGUCAUCUUCCUUCCCAGCAGCACCGGUCUGCCAACCGCCGCUACAACGGCUUUGGCUGCUGGUCUCUACACUAGCACGUACGGAGGUUCAGUCACUCUUACUUCCACGCUCCCCGUCGGACCGUCUGGAGAGCCUGGUGCUACAGUCAUCUUUGUUCCCAGCAACACUGCUGCGCCCACUCCCGCGACCACCGCCUUGGCUGGAGUUCUCACCAGCUUCUACAGCGGACUGGUGCCAUCAACUUCGGUCCUACCUGCCGGUCCUUCUGGUGAGCCGGGUGCCACAAUCAUCUUUCUCCCUAGUAACACGGUCACUCCAUCUGCUACAGUGCCGACUGCCGGUGGUCUGUUCACCAGCUUCUAUGGUGGUUCGGUCACUCUCACAUCUACGCUGCCCACUGGGCCCUUCGGCGAGCCGGGUGCGACUAUUAUUCUCAUUCCGACUCCCACUGCCACGCCUAGCCCGGCUCUGCCGAAUGUCCUAACUAGCACGUAUGGAGGCUCCGUUACAUUGACCUCCGUCUUGCCUACUGGCACCAACGGAGACCCCGGCCAGACAAUCAUCUUUGUGCCGAGUAGCUCUGCUGCUCCGGGUUUGCCCAACAUUCAAACCAGCACAUAUGCAGGCUCAGUCACCUUGACGUCGGUCGUUACUGAUGGUGGUAUCAACGUGCCCCCGCAGACCAUUGUCUUUGUACCGGGCGUGACAAUUGUUCCCAGCAACACUGAUCCUGCGGGACUUCCCAACAUCCUGACAAGCACCUAUGGAGGCUCGGUCACUCUGACUUCGGUCCUCCCUGUUGGUCCAUCUGGAGAUCCAGCUACCGUGAUCUUCGUGCCGAGCGCGACUGGCGUUCCCAGCAACACUGGUGCUGCAGGUCUUCCCAAUAUUUUGACCAGUGUUUAUGACGGUUCAGUCACUCUGACUUCUCUCAUCUCUACCGGCUCUGCUGGCGACCCUGCGCAGACCAUCAUCUUCAUUCCAAGUGCCCCUGGUGUCACCAGCAACACUGGUGCCGCUGGUCUCCCCAACAUCCUGACAAGCACUUAUGGAGGUUCGGUGACUUUGACUUCAGUCCUACCGGUUGGCCCAUCUGGCGAUCCUGCCACGGUCAUAUUUGUACCUGGAACUCCUGGUGUUACCAGUAACUCUGGUGCGGCUGGUCUACCCAAUGUUUUGACCAGCACUUACGGAGGCUCAGUUACUUUGACUUCAGUUUUGCCAGUUGGCCCGUCCGGAGACCCUGCUACAGUCAUCUUCGUACCAGGCGCUCCUGGUAUCACUAGCAACACUGGUGCUGCGGGCCUACCUAACAUCCUCACGAGCACCUACGGAGGCUCAGUCACUUUGACCUCAGUCUUGCCCGUUGGUCCGUCUGGAGAUCCCGCUACGGUCAUCUUCGUACCGGGUGCUCCCAGCGCCACUCCGACCAUCACUGCUGCUCCUACGCUGCCCAACGUCUUGACCCAGACCUAUGGCGGCUCCGUUACGUUGACCACUGUUCUACCCACAGGAUCUGCGGGCGACCCUGGUGUGACUGUCAUCUUCGUUCCCUCUGCUCCAGGCGCCUCGUCCGUUGACCCUACUCAGGCUCUCGGCAAUGUGUUGACAAGCACGUACGAUGGAUCGGUCACGCUCACGACUACUUUGCCGGUUGGCCCAUCUGGUGACCCAGCGACUGUGGUCUUGGUACCAAGCACCACCUUGGUACCAACAAGCACCGCAGCGGCAGGCCUUCCCAACAUCUUGACGCAGACCUACGGUGGAUCUGUAACUUUGACAUCUGUUCUUCCCACUGGGCCUUCAGGAGAGCCUGGCGCGACGGUAAUCUUUGUUCCUGGCCUGCCAACGACAGCACCAUCUGUUCCAUCUGUUGGUGGCGUUUUGACGAGCACUUACGGCGGUUCAGUCACUUUGACGACUACUUUGCCCAUCGGACCUUCUGGCGACCCAGCGACCGUCAUCUUGGUGCCGAGCAGCACCGGAGCUGUUGGCCUUCCCAAUAUCCUUACCCAGACCUACGACGGUUCGGUGACCUUGACGACUGUGCUGCCUACGGGCCCCUCAGGUGAGCCUGGAGCUACAGUCAUUUUCGUUCCUGGCCUCCCGACCACUGCUCCGUCUGUUCCAUCUGUCGGAGGUGUUUUGACCAGCACGUACGAUGGAUCGGUAACGCUCACGACCACUUUGCCUAUCGGCCCAUCUGGCGAUCCAGCAACCGUUGUAUUGGUGCCAAGCAGCACUGGAGCAGCCGGUCUACCCAACAUCCUGACCCAGACAUACGGUGGAUCGGUGAUAUUGACAACUGUCCUCCCUACGGGUCCUUCGGGAGAGCCUGGUGCGACUGUUAUCUUUGUGCCAAGUUCCCCGAUUGCUACACCGACUGUUGCUCCUGGAGGCAUCUUGACCAGCACCUAUGGCGGAUCAGUUACUCUUACGACCACCUUGCCUAUCGGCCCAUCUGGUGAUCCUGCUACUGUCAUUCUGGUACCGGGUAGCACAGCAGCCGCAGGUCUUCCCAACAUCCUUACCCAGACCUACGGAGGCUCGGUUACCCUCACCACUGUUCUGCCUACUGGCCCGUCCGGCGAGCCCGGCGCGACGGUCAUCUUCGUACCAAGCUCUCCUAUUGCCACGCCUACCAUUGCCCCUGGUGGAGUGUUGACCAGUGUGUAUGAUGGCUCAGUCACGCUGACAUCGACUUUGCCCGUCGGCCCAUCUGGGGAACCUGGCGCCACUAUCAUCCUCAUUCCUACCAAUACUGGGGUUCCGUCAUUGCCCAACGUCUUCACUUCAACGUACGACGGCUCGGUCACGCUCACCACUACCCUCCCAGUCGGACCUUCUGGAGACCCGGCGACCGUUAUCCUGGUGCCGAGUCAGACUGCGGCUCCUGGUCUUCCCAAUGUUUUGACAUCGACAUACGGUGGCUCGGUCACCCUCACUACCACCUUGCCCGUUGGGCCUUCUGGAGAUGUCGCGACUGUCAUCUUGGUUCCAAGUGCGACACCUGCUCCUGGCUUGCCAAAUGUCCUCACUUCUACGUAUGGAGGAUCAAUCACUCUCACAACCGUCUUGCCAGUUGGUCCUUCUGGCGACCCCGAGACAGUGAUUUUGGUACCAGGUUCGACCGGCGCUGGUGACCUACCCAAUAUCUUGACUAGCACCUAUGGUGGCUCAGUCACGUUGACCACCACCCUUCCCGUCGGACCUUCAGGCGAUAUUGCAACAGUCAUCUUGGUACCCAGCACGACACCUGCUCCUGGCCUGCCUAAUGUUCUAACGAGCACUUAUGGCGGAUCGAUCACGUUGACUACUGCCUUGCCUGUUGGACCAUCUGGAGAUCCCGUUACGGUGAUCCUUGUGCCCAGUGAGACCGCGGCGCCUGGUCUGCCCAACGUGCUGACCAGUACCUAUGGCGGCUCUGUCACUUUGACUACCACGCUACCCGUUGGUCCCUCUGGCGACAUCGCGACUGUCAUUUUGGUACCCAGCUCAACUGCUGCCCCUGGCCUACCGAAUAUCUUGACAAGCACCUACGGAGGUUCCAUAACCUUGACUACAACUCUCCCAGUUGGACCAUCCGGCGACAUCGCGACCGUGAUCCUCGUCCCCGGUGGUCCCACUUCCACGGCCGCGCCUGGUUUGCCCAACGUGCUUACCAGUACGUACGACGGCUCGGUAACUCUCACGACAACUCUGCCAAUUGGCCCCUCUGGGGAUCCUGCCACAGUCAUCUUGGUGCCCAGUUCUGGAUCCAAUGGCGCUGGCCUUCCCAACGUGCUCACAAGCACCUAUGGAGGCUCAGUCACUCUCACGACGACGCUGCCUAUCGGACCUUCAGGCGACCCAGCAACUGUCAUUCUUGUGCCUAGUUCUGGAGCGAACAAUGGCGGUCUUCCUAAUAUUUUCACCAGCACUUAUGAUGGCUCAGUUACUCUCACAACCACACUUCCCAUUGGGCCCUCUGGCGAUCCAGCAGAAGUCGUAUUGGUGCCCAGCUCUGGAUCCAACAAUGGUGGUCUACCUAAUGUGCUUACGAGCACUUAUGACGGAUCAGUCACCCUUACGACGACUCUGCCUAUUGGGCCUUCCGGUGAUCCCGCCACAGUUGUGUUGGUUCCCAGCACUAUUCCUUCUAUCACGGCGGCUCCGGGCCUCCCUAAUGCGCUUACAAGCACAUAUGGAGGCUCGGUUACUCUUACUACCGUCUUGCCCGUUGGACCUUCUGGGGACCCAGCAACUGUUGUUCUCGUGCCCGGCUCUGGUUCAACUGGCGCUGGUCUUCCCAACGUCUUUACCAGCACCUACGAUGGUUCGGUCACUCUCACAACCACUCUCCCAAUUGGCCCGUCGGGCGAUCCGGCGACUGUCAUCCUGGUCCCGAGCACGAUUCCUUCCAUCACAGCUGCUCCCGGUCUUCCCAACGUGCUUACGAGCACGUACGAUGGUUCAGUCACUCUCACGACGGUUCUGCCUCUUGGCCCGUCUGGAGACCCGGCCACCAUCAUCUUAGUGCCGGGUGGUACCCCAUCUACUACGCCCGCGCCUGGUCUUCCCAACGUGCUUACGAGCACAUACGGAGGCUCGGCGACUCUUACUACCGUCUUGCCCCUCGGCCCCUCUGGUGACCCGGCUACUGUUAUCUUGGUCCCGAGUGCCACUCCUACCAUCACGCCUGCACCCAGUCUACCCAAUGUGCUCACCAGCACGUAUGGUGGUUCAGUCACUCUCACCACGGUCUUACCUUUGGGACCAUCUGGUGAUCCUGCUACCAUCAUCUUGGUACCCAGCAGCGCCGUUCCUCCGCUCAUCGAUAUUUCAAUUGGAAUCAACCUUCCAGGUCUGUUUACCAGCACUUAUGGAGGUCCAUCCACCAUCACAACAGUCCUGCCAGUUGGCCCAUCUGGAGAUCCUGCCACCGUUGUUCUGGUGCCAAGCACUCCUCCGCUCAUCGACCUCUCGAUUGGCAUCAACCUCCCCAACCUGUUCACCAGUACCUAUGGUGGUUCGGUCACCCUCACGACUACCCUUCCCAUUGGGCCGUCUGGUGAUCCGGCUACGGUCAUUCUGGUACCCAGCAGUGUCCCUACUAUCACGGCUGGACCUGGAUCACCCAAUAUCUUGACGAGCACCUACGCUGGCUCUGUUACCUUGACCACUGUCUUGCCGGUUGGUCCCUCUGGUGAUCCCGCCACCAUCAUCCUGGUGCCCGGAGCCACUAUCACGGAUGCCUCAGCGCUGCCUAAUGUGCUUACGAGCACUUACGCCGGCUCAGUCACUCUCACGACUGUACUUCCAAUCGGUCCCUCUGGCGACCCAACCACGAUUGUUUUGGUUCCCGGUGUCACUCCUACGGACGCUCCAGGAUUACCCAACAUUCUCACAAGCACAUAUGACGGCUCGGUCACACUCACGACUGUCCUUCCAGCUGGUCCCUCCGGCGAUCCGGCGACGAUUGUGUUGGUUCCCAGUGCCCCCAUCACCGAUGCCCCAGGACUGCCUACUCUCCUCACGAGCACAUAUGACGGCUCGGUCACUCUUACCACUGUGCUUCCAGCCGGCCCCUCCGGAGACCCGGCGACAAUCGUCUUGGUUCCGGGAGCCUCCAUCACGGAUGCUCCCGGCCUGCCCAACGUGCUUACCAGCACCUAUGCCGGCUCAGUCACUCUCACUACGGUAUUGCCCAUCGGACCUUCCGGGGACCCGGCUACGGUCAUUUUGGUGCCUGGUGCGACGAGCGAUGGCGCUGGUGGUCUUCCCAACAUUCUCACCAGCACCUACGAUGGCUCUGUGACGCUUACAACCACUUUGCCCAUUGGUCCUUCUGGUGAUCCGGCAACUGUUGUUUUGGUGCCAUCCUCGAUCGGCGCUGGCUUGCCCAACCUUCUUACCAGUACAUAUGACGGAUCGGUAACCCUUACAACUACCCUGCCAAUUGGACCUUCAGGCGAUCCUGCGACAGUUGUUCUGGUGCCGUCUUCGAUCGGCGCCGGUCUGCCCAAUAUCCUCACGAGUACCUACGAUGGAUCAGUUACUCUCACGACCACCUUGCCCAUCGGGCCAUCUGGCGACCCGGCCACGGUUAUCCUCGUACCUGGUGCGAGCAACACUGGUGCUGCUGGUCUUCCGAAUAUCUUGACAAGCACUUACGACGGAUCAGUGACUCUUACCACAACACUGCCCAUCGGUCCCUCUGGUGAUCCGGCUACCGUGGUCUUGGUGCCCUCGUCUGGCGCUGCUGGCCUCCCAAAUGUGCUUACCUCUACGUACGACGGUUCUGUCACUCUCACCACCACGCUUCCAAUCGGCCCUUCAGGAGAUCCCGCAGAGGUGGUCCUUGUCCCAAGUGUCGUCCCGAGUGUCACCGCACCUGGACUGCCCAACUUGCUUACUUCGACUUACGAUGGUUCCGUCACGUUGACCACUACCUUGCCUAUCGGCCCCUCGGGUGACCCAGCAACAGUGAUCCUGGUCCCAAGCGCCGUCCCAGGCGUGACUGCGACUGGGCUUCCCAAUGUUCUCACUUCUACGUACGAUGGUUCCGUUACUCUCACCACGACUUUGCCCAUUGGCCCCUCUGGUGAUCCUGCAGAAGUGGUUCUUGUGCCGAGUGCCAUCCCUAGCGCCACUGCGCCUGGUCUCCCCAACCUUCUUACGUCUACGUACGAUGGCUCAGUGACAAUCACGACGACGCUGCCGAUUGGGCCCUCUGGCGACCCAACCGCCGUCGUUUUGGUUCCAGGUAUCACGGCUCCAGCACUUCCCAACGUGCUGACAAGCACGUACGAUGGCUCCGUCACCUUGACCACCACUCUGCCCAUUGGCCCUUCGGGAGACCCUGCGACUGUGGUCCUGGUCCCAAGUCUUCCUGGCUCUCCAGCCUUGCCGAAUGUCUUGACCAGCACGUACGACGGAUCUGCCACUAUCACAACUACCUUGCCUGCUGGACCAACACUUGUGCUGGUUCCAAGCGCCACCAAUGUGGGAGGUGGUUUGUUCACGAGCACGUACGGCGGCUCAGUGACUCUUACAUCUACGCUGCCCGCUGGCCCAUCUGGCGAGCCUGGAGCCACCAUCAUUUUCGUCCCGACGAUUUCCGUCGGUGGUCUUCCCAACCUCUUCACCAGCACAUACGAUGGCUCGAUUACCUUGACCACUACCCUUCCCGCUGGUCCAUCUGGAGAGCCCGGACCUACCGUGGUCCUGGUUCCUGGCUUGACAUCUGCUUUGCCGACGUCUGCCCUGCCGAACUUGUUCACCAGCACGUAUGAUGGCUCCAUUACUCUCACCACUACCUUGCCUGCCGGUCCCUCUGGUGAGCCCGGGCCCACGGUUGUUCUCGUCCCCGGAGCUACAUCGGCGUUGCCCAAUCUCUUUACCAGCACGUACGAUGGGUCCAUCACACUCACCACCACAUUCCCUGCUGGCCCAUCGGGAGAGCCUGGCCCUACUGUUGUUCUGGUUCCAGGUCUCACAUCUGACUUGCCGACAUCUGCUCUGCCAAACUUCUUCACAAGCACUUACGACGGGUCAGUCACUCUCACCACGACGCUCCCCGCUGGCCCGUCUGGCGAUCCUGGUGCGACCGUGGUCUUGGUCCCUGGUCUCACGAGUGCUUUGCCAAACCUCUUCACGAGCACGUACGAUGGAUCUAUUACGCUCACAACUACCCUCCCCGCUGGUCCAUCUGGCGAGCCUGGUCCUACCGUCGUUUUGGUUCCUGGAUUGACUUCGGCAUUGCCCAACCUCUUUACCAGCACGUAUGACGGAUCCAUCACUCUCACUACCACGCUUCCGGCUGGCCCCUCGGGAGAACCUGGCCCGACCGUCGUCUUGGUUCCUGGCGCUACCUCUGCGCUGGGAAGCUUCUUGACCAGCACAUACGACGGUUCAGUAACCCUCACAACCACUUUGCCAGCUGGACCUUCAGGCGAGCCUGGUCCGACUGUUGUUCUGGUGCCAAGUCUCACUGAUACCAUUCCCACGCCUACUGCAGACUUGAACAUCCUGACUAGCACAUAUGAUGGAUCGGUUACUCUCACCACCACACUUCCGGUUGGUCCUUCGGGAGAGCCUGGUGCUACCGUCAUCUUGGUCCCGAGCAUCACCGAUGCUUUGACUACUCCCACCGCGGCUCUGCCCAACGUGUUGACCAGCACCUACGAUGGCUCAGUCACCUUGACCACGACUCUCCCCGCUGGACCCUCGGGCGAGCCUGGAGACGUUGUCGUCCUGGUCCCAAGCUCUGCUCUCGGAGCGUCUCCUGGCCAGUUCAUCACGCUCACCAGUGGUUACUCCGGCAUUGUACCCUCCACGUCGACCAUUCUGCCCACGGGCACAGAGACAAUUGGCGCGGUUGUCAUUCUGGUACCCACGAGCAGUGCGGGCAUCAGCUUCACCACCAUUACGAGCUCGUACUCGGGUGCUAUCCCAUCCGCGACGACCAUCUUCCCGACCGGAUCGGAUACCGAGGGAACUAUCAUCAUUCUCAAUCCCAUCACGAUCGACACCCCGGGCAUCACCAUUACGAGGCCGUACACCGGAACCGAGACUCUUACCUCUACGAUUCCGCCCGCAGUCUCUGGAGACCCCGCGACCGUCAUCGUACUAGAUCCCGCUCUGCUUCUCACGACCUCCAACGCUGGCUCUUUCACGACCAUCACAAGCGGCUAUGAUGGUUCCGUCGUCGCCACGUCCACCAUCCCCGCGGUCGGCACCGAUGGACUCGGAACAGUCGUCAUUCUGGAGCCAACGGGCACCGCUGCACCCAGUGUCACCGUUUCCUACACGACCAUCAUCAGCACAUACGCAGGAUCGUUGCUGGCGACCUCGACUCUGGCCCCCGCGGGUACUGAUGCUGUUGGCACCGUCAUCCUGCUGGUCCCCAGCUCAAGCGUCGAGAUCCCUGGUGUUUCUUCUUACACCACGGUCACCAGCACGUACACUGGAUUGUUGCCAUCCUUCUCCACGCAGGCUCCCUCGGGAACUGACACUGUUGGCACCAUCAUCUUCUUCGAGCCCGAGGUCACCGCAACGCCUGAUGUGCCCUUCACUACCAUCUUCAGCGGAUACGACGGGUCCAUCAUCCAGACCUCUACUAUUGCACCUGGCGCGCCUGGCCAGACUGGCACUGUUGUCAUUCUUCAGCCCAGUUCGGUUCUCACUGCGUUGCCAACACCGUCUGCCAACUCUGAUGUCGUCAGCUACACCACAAUCUUCAGCACGUACACUGGCGACGUUCCUCUCACGACGACCCUUGCUCCGGCUAGCGGCGACCCUGCCAACAUUGGCACAGUCAUCGUCCAGUUGCCCAAUGUCCUGGCCACUUCGAGCCCGACCAUCAGCGUCAGCAUCACGUACACGACGAUCGUCAGCUUCUUCUCUGGAUCUGCUCCGAUCACCACCACGAUCGAUCCCGCGGUUGGAGGCAGCGUUGGUACUGUUGUUGUGCAGGUUCCUCUUACCACCUCGGAUCUCUUGGCUUCGCCUGGCAUCUUCUACACCACUAUCGUCAGCAGCUACCCAGGAUCGGUUACUUUGACAACCACCAUUCCUCCUGCUGCCACGGAUCCCGCCGGCCUCGCAACCGGAACGGUCAUUAUCCAGGUGCCCGACUCUCAGGCCACAGGUUCCAGCUCGUCUGGCGGUGCUCUGGCGGCCUCGUUCACCACCAUCUUCAGCAACUAUCCUGGAUCCGUCACGCUCACCACGACUCUACCUCCUGCUGCCACAGACCCAGCUGGUCUCGGCACGGUCAUCGUUCAGAUCCCGGAUACAGGAAUCAUUCCCACUGCUACGAGUGCUUUGGCUGCUUCCUUCACCACCAUCUUCAGCACGUAUCCUGGAUCCGUCACUUUGGCCACCACUCUGCCUCCUGAUGCCACUGACCCUGCGGGUCUCGGCACAGUCAUUAUUCAGAUCCCCGACACUGGAGUGAUCCCUACGGCCACGAGUGCUCUGGGAGCGUUGUUCAUUACGGUGUUCAGUACCUACCCUGGCUCAGUCACUUUGACAACCACUAUUCCCGCCGCGGACCCCACGGGCUUGGGAACAGUUGUCGUUCAAGUUCCUGACAUCUUGGAUACUUCGAGCCUCCCCACUGGCAGUCUGACCGCUUCGCCGGGUGGCUUCUUCACCACCCUCUUCAGCACCUAUGACGGCUCAGUCACCUUGACCACGACCAUUCCCCCUGCGGCGACGGAUCCCUCCGGACUUGCCACGGUCAUCAUUCAGGUUCCCAGCAACGUGCUCAACACGGACAGCAUCUCUUAUACCACGGUCACCAGUGCCUACACCGGCCUUAUUCCUCAGACCACUACUGUGGCCCCUGGCGCUCCUGGCGACCUCGGAACCGUCAUCGUUCAGGUUCCCACCAGCUCAGUCAGCGUGGAUGUCAUUUCGUACGUGACUGUCACUAGCGGUGGCUUCACCGGCCUGGGCCCAUUGACCACGACCAUCCCGCCGGCCAACCCUGGAGACCCCGGAACAGUCGUCAUCCAGGUCCCAAGUGCCACCAGCGCUCUUGGAGCUGUGUACACGACCAUCACCAGCGGGUACCCUGGAUCUGUCCUCGCAACCGAGACGGGCGUUCUCACCGGAGUGGAUGGCCUUGUCACUGUGGUCGUUCUAUCGCCGACCGGAACUGCCGCCUCGUUGCCAACCAUCACGGGAAGCAUUGGCGUGUUCGUUACAGUUAGCAUUGGAUAUGAUGGAUCUGUCAUUGCCACAUCGACCGGCUCAGUCACUGGUGCCGAUGGUCUUAUUACUGUUGUCGUUCAGACUCCCACCAUCGCCGUCACUUCACCCACAGCCACCAUUCCGGGUCUCUCCUAUACCACAGUCACCAGCGGCUACGCUGGAUCUCUCCUUCAGACCCUCAUCGGAACGCAGACCGGAGCCGAUGGACUGGCCACAGUGGUCAUUCAGACGCCCACGAUUGCCAUUACCUCGCCGACUGCCACUAUUCCUGGGCUUUCGUACACCACCGUGACAAGUGGCUACGACGGCUCGCUUCCCCAGACUCUCAUUGGAACGCAGACUGGUGCAGACGGCUUGGCGACGGUCAUCAUCCAGACUCCAACUCUGGGACUCACCUCCCCGACUGCAACGAUUCCCGGUCUUUCAUACACCACCGUCACAAGUGGCUACGCUGGAUCUCUUCUCCAGACACUCAUCGGUACCGCUACUGGUGCUGAUGGUCUCGCCACGGUUGUGAUCCAGGUGCCAACAGCCUCCAUCACCUCUAGCCCGACUGUCUCGGCUCCGGUCUCAUACACCACAGUCACCAGCGGCUAUGGAGGCUCAUUCAUUCAGACUCUCAUCGGCUCUCUUCCCGGUAUCGACGGCUACAUCACCGUGGUCGUCAACAUCCCCACUGGCACGGCAUCUCUGCCCACGGCCACUUUGCCCGGUGUUUCGUACACGACUGUUACGAGUGGAUAUGAUGGAUCGCUUCUUCAGACCCUCAUCGGCUCUGUCACCGGCGCAGAUGGACUCGCGACCGUUGUGGUCCAGGUUCCCACUGCCACGGCCACAGCCACGACAACGCCCGCCAUCUCGGUCACUCAGUCCAUCAUCUCGUACAUCACCGUCACGACUGGCUACUCCGGCGCCUCAACUCUCUUCCAGACACUCGCCCCCGCUGCCUCUGGUCUGCCAGGCACCGUCUUCAUCCAAGUCCCGACCGCCGUGCCUUCAAGCACGCCUUCUCUCACCAUCUCGGACGGCACUACGUACACAACCAUUACGUCUUUCAUCACGGCUUCCGCCACCCAGAUCUCGACUCUUGUUCCGUCAAGGACUGGCGAUGUGGUCACUGUUCUUCUUGGUCUCCCCCGUCGCUUGGUGCUCGUCACGACGACGAUCCCUGGUCUAAGUGUUACUGCCACCUCAACUAUGCCAAUGGGCUCCGAUGGUGCCCAGACGAUCAUGAUCCAGGUUCCUGGCGUGGCCACGGCCACGGCGUCUCCCACGAUUGGUGGCAUCACAACCGUCUUCAAUACUUACAGCGGCUCCGUUACUCUCAUCCAGACAGAAACUCCCGCUCAGCCUGGAGAUCCAACUACGGUUCUUGUCAAUAUCCCCGGCGUAUUUGCCGAGGUCACUUCGACUCGCUUUGGUGCACCAUCUGCCGGUACCACCACCAUCGCCCCCGCCGGCACCGGCCUCCCAGCGACAGUCAUCAUUGAUCUUCCUGCCAUCUUCCAGACCGUCACCAGCGGCUACUCCGGUCUCAUCCCGGCAACGACAACUAUUUUGCCAACGGAUCCCACCGGAGUUGGUCUGGUCAUCAUCCAGACCCCGACCGUCUCCUCUGGCUCGCCGUCUAUUACGCCUUCCACGGUCUUCACAACCGCGCCCGGCACUGGCUCACUCUUGGCCACUGCAACGAUUACCGGCUCUGAUGGCGUGGUUUCCGUCAUUGUACAGACCCCAACGGCUCUUGGACAGAUCCUCUCUACGGUCUUCACCACUCAGCCGGGUACUGGAGUCUUGCCUGCCACCACUACCGUCACCGGUCCAGACGGAAUCGUCUCUGUCAUUCUUCAGACUCCCACUCUUCCCUCGGGAGCUGUUCCGACUACGGUCUUCACCACGCUGCCUGGAACUGCUGCUCUACCCGCAACGACCACUGUCACGGGAGCGGAUGGAGUCGUUUCCGUCAUCUUCUUGGAGCCUAUAACCUCGGGCCAGAGCCCCGUGGUUCCGACUACGGUCUUCACUACUAUCGUCGGAACUGGUACUCUCCCGACCACUACUACGGCCAGCGGCCUUGGUGGAAUCGUCUCUGUCAUCGUGGAGCUUCCGAGCACUACUUUGCCCCCAGGAGUCACUCCCUCGACCAUCUUCACCACCGUUCCAGGCACCGGAGCUCUCCCGGCCACGGCCACGAUCACCGGACUGGAUGGCAUCGUCUCGGUCAUCAUCUCCGAGCCCACGUCAAUUCUAUCUGGCAUCUUCACCACCAUCACCACGGGAGGGCCCGUUGCUGCAACCAGCACCAUUCUGCCCAACAUCAUUGGUGGCGUUGGCACGGUCGUCGUCCAGACACCGACCCUCACCGUCAGCCCCGGAGCCUUCUUCACGACUCUUACUUCUGGUGGUCCAGUCGCUUCCACUUUCACGAUUCCGGCUGUUGAUCCCACUGGCCUCGGAACGGUCGUCAUCCAGACACCUACUGUCAGCCCGGGAGCCCUGUUCACCACCAUCACCUCUGGUGGCCCAGGUGCGUCGACCUUUACCAUCCCAGCUGCCGACCCUACCGGACUCGGAACCGUGGUUAUCCAGACUCCGACUGUCCUCCUCGCGUCUUACACGACCCUCACCAUCACCGGCUCAGUUGCGACGACCUUCUCAAUUCCCCCUGUGGGUUCUGGCAUCGGAAGCGUCAUUGUGCAGGUUCCAGAGAUCACUGGCACGUCGACAUCGCUGCCCUCCAUUACAUCUGCUCCCACCUCGAUUCUCAGCCGUGACCUCACCACCAUCUUCUCCCCUUACACCGGAACGACAAGAAUCACCACCACAAUCCUGGUCAGCAUCAGCGGCGAUCCUACCCUGCCCAACACGGUCAUUGUCUACGUCCCCCUCACGGAGACGAGCAGCUCCGUUGCUACACCAACGAUCACCAGCGGUAUCUCGUACAUCACUCUCAUCACGGGUGUUCCUGGAACCUUUAUUGGCACCCAGACAACUACCCUUCCCGCCGGCAAUGAUGGAUCUGCCACCGUUCUCAUCCAGACUGCCCUUCCUCUGGCCACGUCCAACCCCAGCGUCACUGUCUCGUACACGACCAUCGUCACGGGCAUCAUUGGCACCUUUGCUGGUCUUCAGACAUCGACUCUUCCAGCAGGAUCCGAUGGAUUGGCAACUGUUCUCGUCCAGAGCGCCGUCCCGUCUGCUGGUGUUUCUUUCACUACAGUCUUGACGGGAAUUCCGGGCACAUUCCUUGGAACCCAGGCGACGACUUUGCCUGUUGGUACCAACGGCAUCGCAACUGUUCUUCUCCAGACUGCUUUGCCCACCGCAAGCCCGGUCUCGUACACCACCAUCUUCUCUGGCGUGCCCGGCACGUUCGUCGGACCUCAGACCACGACCUUGCCCGCGGGCCCCGAUGGUCUCGCUACUGUUGUCGUGCAAAGCGCUCUUCCUACCUCGGGCGUUUCCUACACGACUCGCUUUACCGGCGUCCCCGGUACUUUCAUCGGAGCUCAGACAACCACGCUUCCCGCCGGUCCCGAUGGACUCGUUACCGUACUUGUCCAGAGCGCGAUCCCAACAGCAAGCGCCUCGUACACGACAUUGCUUACUGGCAUCCCUGGAACCUUCUUGGGCUCGCAGACCAGCACUCUUCCAGUUGGACCUGACGGCGUUGCUACUGUGAUCAUCCAAACCGCGCUGCCUACUGGUGUGCCGACGUCCUACACGACUCUGUUCUCCGGCAUUCCCGGCACAUUCAUCGCGCCCAUCACAACCACGUUGCCCGCUGGGCUUGACGGCAUCGCUACUGUGCUCAUCCAAACGGCGCUUCCAACUGCGACUGCAAGCCCUACGUCCUACACGACCGUUCUCACUGGUGUCCUGGGCACCUUCAUCGGCGCUCAGACGAGUACCUUGCCUGUUGGAUCCAACGGCAUCGCCACGGUGGUCAUUCAGACCGCCCUGCCCACUGGCAACCCAACGUCGUACACGACCUUGUUCUCUGGUAUUCCAGGCACUUUCACCGCGCCUUUGACAACAACUCUGCCAGCCGGAACCGACGGAAUCGCGACUGUGGUCAUUCAAACCGCACUCCCGACGGCCAGCCCGCUCUCGUACACCACCGUCUUUAGCGGCGUUCCCGGCACUUUCUUGGGCGCCCAGACGACCACCCUUCCUGCUGGUCCUGGCGGUCUGGCAACCGUUCUUAUCCAGACAGCUCUGCCAACAUCGAGCCCUCUGUCGUACACCACGGUGCUCACGGGCGUUCCAGGAACUUUCCUUGGUGCGCAGACUUCCACCUUGCCAGCCGGUACCAACGGAAUCGCGACUGUGGUCAUCCAAACUGCCCUCCCAACAGCCAGCCCUGUGUCCUACACUACUGUAUUCACAGGACUUCCAGGAACCUUCUUGGGCCUGCAGACAUCAACACUUCCUGCUGGCCCCGAUGGCCUCGCCACCGUUGUCAUUCAGUCAGCUCUGCCAACGGGAAGCCCAACUUCGUACACAACAUUGCUCACUGGCAUCCCGGGCACGUUCUUGGGCUCACAAACGACAACGCUGCCAGCCGGUCUCGAUGGACUCGCAACUGUCAUUGUCCAGACUGCUCUGCCCACAGCAAGCCCCGUCUCAUACACCACCUUGCUCUCCGGGGUACCAGGAACCUUCUUGGGCGCGCAGACGACUACGCUCCCGGCUGGUCCUGAUGGUCUUGCCACGGUCAUCAUUCAGACCGCUGUUCCCACAGUCCAAGCUGCUUCAUAUGUCACCAUCGUCACGGGCAUCCCGGGUACUUUUGUCGGCACAUUGGCCUCGACACUUCCCGCGGGAACCAACGGAGUUGGCACCGUCAUUCUCCAGACCGCCGUUCCUACGCCGACUUCGAGCAGCGCUGGUGUCACUUACACCACAAUCUUGACUGGGGUCCCUGGUAUCUUCACAGGCACUCAGACGACUACGCUGCCCAUCGUCACCGGAACUGUUGGCACUGUUCUCUUGGAGACCGCUCUCGCAACUCCAAGCCCAGUUCUCUCCUACGUCACAUUGUUGACUGGCAUUCCGGGAACUUUCAUCGGUACGCAGGCGACCACGCUGCCAAUUAUCUCUGGCAGCGUCGGAACCGUUCUCUUGCAGACCGCUCUUCCUUCUGCCACCUCGUUGCCCACAAGCAGCGUCAGCAUCACGUACAUCACCAUUGUCACUGGUAUCUUGGGAAGCUUCACUGGAACUCAGACAAGUACCCUGCCCAUUCCGUCCAUCGGAGUCGGUAUCGGCAUCGGCAUCACGGCUACCGUCGUCUUGCAGACCGCCAUUCCCACAUCGGCUGUGCAAUCGUACACGACCAUCGUCUCCGGCGUUCCCGGUAGCUUCACCGGCACCCAGACCACUACCCUCCCCGGUGUUGGUCCGGACGGCUUGGCUACCGUGGUCCUCCAGACUGCCCUUCCCGCCGUCGCCUCAUACACGACCAUCUUCAGUGGUGUCUUUGGCACUUUCACUGGAACCCAGACAACUACCCUUCCUGGGGUCGGCACCAACGGUCUUGGAACUGUUGUCUUGCAAACAGCCGUCCCCUCAACAACUGCGGCUUCCUACACCACGAUCAUCACGGGCGUCCCAGGCACUUUCAUCGGCACACAGACUUCCACCCUCCCUGGCACCGGCGCCAACGGCCUUGGUACAGUUGUUCUCCAGACUGCUCUUCCUGCCGCCACUUCGUACACCACAAUCUUCAGUGGAAUCGUUGGCACCUUCACCGGAACCCAGACUACCACUCUGCCUGGCACUGGAAUCGACGGCCUCGGAACUGUUGUUCUGCAGACCCCCAUUCCCACCACAAGUUUGUCAUACACGACCUUGGUCACCGGCAUCGCUGGAAGCUUCCUUGGCACCCAGACCACUACCCUACCCGUCGUCGGCACCGGAAAUGUGGCCACCGUCCUCCUCCAGACUGCACUUCCGAGCGUCUCGUACACUACCGUCCUCACCGGUAUCCCUGGAACGUUCAUCGGAACCCAGACCAGCACUUUGCCUGUUGUCGGUUCCAACGGCCUGGCAACCGUCGUCCUCCAGACUGCACUGCCCGCCAUCUCCUACACUACGCUUCUCACAGGAAUCCCGGGCAACUUUGCUGGAUCUCAGACAACCACUCUUCCCGUCAUUGGCACGGGCAACGUGGCGACCGUUCUCAUCCAAACUGCUCUCCCAUCGGUCAGCAGCACGUCUUCGAGCUCUUCGGUCAUCGUGAUCAACACUUCGUACGUCACCAUUGUCACUGGCAUCUUUGGCACAUUCGCAGGAACCCAGACAACUACCUUGCCUGCCGCCGCCACGGCUCCCGGACUCGUCACCGUCGUCCUCCAGACGGCAAUCCCAAGUCCCGGCACGACUUCGUACACCACGAUCCUCACGGGUGUUACCGCAACCAGCUUCCCUGGUACGAGGGCAACCACUCUGCCUGUCAUCGGUACUCUUGGAACUGUCCUUUUGGAGACGGCUAUUCCGGACGUCCCCACAACUUCCUACACGACUAUUCUCACUGGCAUCGCUGGCGAGACGUUUGUCGGCACCCGCGCCACAACUCUUCCAGUCACGGGAAGCAUUGGAACCGUUUUGUUGGAGACGGCCAUCCCAGCCGCCACCUCGUACAUUACGAUUCCCACGGGGGUCGCUGGCGCCACAUUCACUGGUAUCCAGCUGUCUACUCUUCCAGUCACGGGAACUAUCGGAACUGUACUUCAACAAACAGCUCUGCCGGCGGCCACUUCAUACAUCACGAUUCCCACCGGAGUUAUUGGAGCCACCUUCACCGGUAUCCAGCUUUCUACUUUGCCCGUCACCGGCACCAUCGGUACGGUCCUUCAACAGACUGCUCUUCCGGCUGCCACCUCAUACAUUACGAUCCCAACUGGAAUCAUCGGUGGCACCUUCACCGGCAUUCAACUCACGACACUGCCGGUUACUGGAACCAUCGGCACCGUGCUCCAGCAGACAGCCCUCCCGGCAGCAACUUCGUACAUUACGAUUCCUACUGGCAUCGCGGGAGCUACCUUCACCGGUAUCCAGCUUACGACUUUGCCCGUUACCGGCACGAUUGGAACCGUGUUGCAACAGACCGCUUUGCCCGCUGCCACUUCGUACAUCACGGUACCGACCGGAAUCUUGGGAGCCACGUUCCUUGGAACGCAAUUCUCUACGCUCCCUGUUACUGGCACGAUUGGAACUGUUCUUCAACAAACCGCCAUUCCUCUUGUGACUUCCUACGUCACAAUCCCAACUGGAGUUCUGGGAGCCACGUUCCUUGGAACCCAGCUCUCUACUCUUCCAGUCACUGGAACCGUUGGCACCGUCCUUCAACAGACUGCCAUUCCCAACCCCGUCACCUCCUACAUCACCAUUCCUACUGGAGUUCUGGGAGCCACGUUCCUCGGCACCCAGCUCUCUACUCUCCCUGUCACAGGCACGAUCGGAACCGUUCUUCAGCAGACCGCCAUUCCUGCCUUGUCCACCGGAUACACCACCAUCCUGUCCGGCAUCGUCGGCACCUUUACAGGCACCCAGACUACGACUCUUCCAGUCACUGGAACCCUUGGCACUGUUGUUCUGCAGACGGCCGUUCCGCCAGCCACGUCCUACACGACCAUCGUCACUGGCGUCUUCGGAACCUUCCUUGGAACUUCGGCAACGACCCUGCCCGCCACCGGAACUAUCGGCACGGUGCUUCUUCAGACCGCAAUCCCGAUCUCGUAUACGACCCUCCUCACCGGAGUCGCGGGCAACUUCCUCGGCACCCAGACGUCGACGAUCCCGGCCGUCAGCGGUCUCGGAACCGUCCUGCUUCAGACCGCCCUGCCCACUGGCUACCUCACCGUCACCAGUGGAAUCACCGGUAGCUUCACCGGCACUCAGACAACUACCUUGCCAGCUGUUGGAGGAGGCCUUGGAACCGUGGUCCUUCAGACCGCCAUUCCCAGCUCCGUCAUUGUCUCUUACACGACUAUCAUCACUGGCGUCAUUGGUACUUUCACUGGCACCUCGGUAACCACCCUCCCGGCCACCGGAAGCGUUGGCACCGUGUUGUUAGAGACGGCCAUCCGGCCCCUUUCCUACGUCACCGUCACCAGUGGCAUCGUGGGCAGCUUCACCGGCACUCAAACCGUCACUCUCCCGACCACCGGAGCCGGGCAGAGCAUCGCUACUGUUGUCCUCCAGACUGCCAUUCCGGCCAUCUCGUACAUCACCAUCCCUACUGGGGUUACUGGCACGUUCACAGGCACCUCUACAGUCACUUUGCCUACCACUGGUCCAGGCCAGACUGUUGGAACCGUCUAUCUGGAGACUGCUCUCCCAGUCAUUUCUUACGUGACUAUUCCCACUGGAGCGACCGGAACCUUUACAGGAACCCGUCUCAGCACUCUUCCAGUCACUGGCACCGUCGGCACCGUGCUCGCUCAGACGGCCCUCCCGGUCAUCUCCUACAUCACGAUUCCUACUGGAGUUACAGGAACCUUCACCGGCACCCAGACAACCACGCUGCCGAUUACGGGAUCCAUCGCGACGGUGCUUCUGGAGACCGCAUUGCCCGUUAUUUCGUACAUCACGAUCCCAACUGGCGUGACCGGAACAUUUGCCGGCACGCAGCUUUCGACUUUGCCCGUUACCGGCACGAUCGGGACUGUCCUUGCUCAGACUGCCCUCCCCUCCAUCUCGUAUCUCACGAUUCCUACUGGCGUUACUGGAACCUUCGCGGGUACCCAACUGUCAACUUUGCCAGUCUCUGGAACUAUCGGAACCGUCUUGGCCCAGACCGCUCUCCCAGUCAUCUCCUACAUCACCGUCCCAACGGGAGUCACUGGCAGUUUCACGGGCACGCAAUUCUCAACCUUGCCCGCCGUUGGCAGUGUGGCCACCGUAUUGGCACAGACCGCUCUCCCAGUUAUCUCGUAUACAACCGUCCCGACUGGCGUUACUGGUACAUUCACAGGCACCCGCUUGUCGACGUUGCCGGCCGUUGGAAGCGUGGCUACUGUCCUGGCCCAGACAGCCCUUCCAGUUGUCUCGUACGUGACUGUCCCAACAGGAGUCACAGGCACCUUUACCGGCACGCAGUUCUCAACCCUCCCGGCUGUUGGCAGCGUUGCCACGGUCCUCGCCCAGACUGCCUUGCCUGUGGUGUCCUACGUCACGGUGCCUACGGGAGUUACCGGCACGUUCACUGGCACCCAGCUCUCAACACUGCCAGCCGUUGGAAGCGUGGCCACUGUUCUUGCUCAGACAGCCUUGCCUGUGGUAUCGUAUGUUACAGUGCCUACAGGCGUCACUGGUACCUUUACUGGAACGCAGUUGUCUACAUUACCCGCCGUCGGAAGCGUCGCGACUGUUCUCGCUCAAACGGCCUUGCCUGUGGUCUCGUACGUUACCGUACCCACGGGAGUCACCGGCACCUUCACGGGAACGCAGCUAUCAACGCUUCCCGCCGUCGGAAGCGUGGCCACGGUGCUCGCCCAAACAGCCUUGCCACAGAUCUUCUACACCACGGUCGCCUCGGGAGUCGCAGGCACCUUUGCCGGUACUCAGCUGGUCACUCUCUCCGGAACCGGAGCCACCCGAACUGUCGUGGCAGAGACCGCCAUUCCGUAUACGACGAUCCUCACUGGAGUUUCUGGCACCUUUACCGGAACUUCCCUGUCUACGAUCGGAAACACGGUUCUCGCUCAGACAGCCCUGCCUCAGAUCUUCUACACGACCAUCCCGUCAGGCGUGCCGGGCACCUUUGCCGGAACGUCUUUGGUCACUCUCUCGGGCUCUGGAGCCACGCAGACAGUCGUUGCCCAGACGGCUAUUCCCUACACCACGGUCGUCACGGGAGUUACUGGAACCUUUACCGGAACAUCUCUGUCUACUGUCGGUAAUACAGUCAUCGCCCAGACGGCUCUGCCGCAGGUCUUCUACAACACGGUGCCUACCGGAGUUCCGGGCACGUUUGCCGGAACCUCUCUUACUACCCUCGCCGGCUCCGGAGCCACGAGAACGGUCCUCGCUCAGACUGCCGUACCGUAUACUACGAUCCUCACGGGAGUCUCGGGCACCUUUACCGGAACUGCAGUCACGACCAUCGGUAACACCGUCCUUCAACAGACGGCCAUUCCUCCAGUCUCUUACACGACGGUGGUCACUGGUGUUACCGGCACCUUUACUGGCACUCAAGUCACCACCAUUGGUAACACGGUCGUCCAGCAGACCGCCCUCCCCUCAAGCACAUCGUAUACCACAAUCCUCACGGGAGUCACUGGUGCCUUCACCGGCACGCGGACCACGACUGUUGGAAACACAGUACUGCAGCAGACGGCACUCGCAUCGGCAAGCCGUGUCGUCACCAGCUCAUACGCGCCAUCUGGCUGUGUCCCGACGCCCACUGGCGUCGCCGCCCCGACUUGUCUACCAUCAACUGGAUCCGCAAUCACCUUGCCUUCUGCUUGCGCCAGUCUCACGGGUGUCAUCUUGCAAUCAUACUCUCAGUCGACGCUCGAUGCCUGUACCGCAGCCUUGGGCGCGACCGCCAACAUUGGAACCGUCAGCAACUGUCUCAGCUUGCAACAAAUUGCUCUGUUAGGAAACGUCUUGGGAUUCAACCACGUCAGAUGUAUCCAGACUGCUUUGGCGGGUACCUGUCUCACCAGACUUCCGUCAAUCUGCGCCAACCUGGCGGCAUCCAGCCAGACUCUUGCCAAUGUCCAGACCAACGCCGCUCUCUGCUUCGCCAACCUUGGAGCCUUUGGUUCCAUCACGACAGCAGGCAACUGUAUCAUAUCCAGCGUCACCAACCAAGGAGGCGCGGCCGUUCUCAACUGUUUCGAACGAGCUCUCGGACUACCAGUCGGUCAAACAGUCGCCGGAUUGGCGAGCACAGUAUUGUGUCCUUCCGGCACAGCUUGCGCCCGCGCUCCGGCAGCCUGCGGUGCUCUGCUGGAUGUCACACUCUCAACGUCGGAGAUCAAUGCCAACCUCAAUCUCUGCCAGGCUGGCCUCGUCGUCAGCGCCUUGGGAAGCACGGUAUCAAACUUGGCUUCCGGUUUGGGCUGUACCCUCGGCAGCGUUACCGGUCUGGUGGGCAGUCUCCUCGGAGCCCAGACGCAGUCGUACGCUCAAUGUAUCCAGAACUCGCUGGCCUCGCAGUGUAUCACGUCACUACCGCAGAGCUGUGUCAACCUGGGCGUCGACGCGACCGGUGGCGUGGCAGUGACUGUCAGCGCACCAAACCUCAUAUCUUGCGUAACUUCGCUCGGCCUCUUGUCCAACGGCAUCGCCUCGGAUUGUUUGAACCUAUCCUUGACGGGCCCGAACAUUGUGGCUUGCCUGAACUUGCGCCUCUUUGGCGUCGCCACGGUGAACGUGGCCGCCUAGUAGUCCGAAAAAUGCUUCUACAGCACUCUUUCCUUUCUUUCUGUCGGUUUUUCCUAUGUUUGAUGGCGUUGCGGCAAAAAACACACCAUGAAAUUGUCUACUAUGGAUAUCUCACCUCUAGCCUUUCUUUGUUCAGAAACUCGCUGGUUUCUUCUGCGCAAGUCGCGAUGCAGGACGUUUCUUAAGCGAACACAAGACUGAUAAUCAUGUAAUACGUAAUAUCAAUAAUACCUUCCUUUGUUCAACAAACCAGAGUUCACCUAUAC